AUGUCUUCAUCCAACGGCGAUUCUCCAAUGCCACAUUCCGUACCGGCCUCUGCUGGCGCCCCAGCGCGCGGCGAGUCUCCCACUGGCUCCCCGCGUCGCCUGUCUACCUCGUUGCAGGCUGCCGCCACCAUGAACGCGGGUCUUCAACACGAACCAUCCAGACGCUCAUCGAGCGGCUCGCUCUCGCGAAACCGACAAUCUCCUGGCGCCGGCCGCCGACGAUCGACUGUUUUGAUGAAUCUGCAACUGAACGAUCCUUCAGUUCCCGGUCCUGGUGAAAUGGUCGCGGAUAGCCAGCAUACCCAACAUAACAGCGGUGUCAACACUGCCAGCCCUCAGCCUAUGGCAAGCUCGCCUCUCAUGGUAGCCGGCGGUGAUCCCCAUCACAACCGUGCUCCUAGCUUGGGAGAGCUCCAUCAGGAGCUUGAGGCAGAACAAGAAGCCCAAGUCAACCGGCUGCUUCACAUGAUUCGCCAACAGCAACUCCAACUCCAGCAACUCCAAGCCGCUCAAGGACAAGGCUCUUCCGCCAUCGAAGACUCUGCAAUUGCCUCCGAGAGAUCCAAUCAGGGCACUCCUAUCUCUCAGCCAGCCGCUGCCAUACCUCCUCCGGGAGUCGCGCCUCUGCCCUCUUCCGGCUCCUUCUCUCGUUCCCCUGGAGUACCUCACCACCCUCGGAGCUCUUUCGACAUGGCGAGAGCGGAUAUCCAGCGUCGGUCUAGAACCCCGAGUCGCGGCGCCUCCCCCAGAUUGCGAUCAACCUCUAUGAGCGGCGACAGUGGCGAUCAUUUUCUUCUCGGGGGCCGCGACGAGAGCGCAUUCUACCAAGCAGAAACUCAGAUGCUGGUCGUAGGGGGUGGCGCGGUAGGUCUCGCAACAGCUCGCGCACUCGCCCAACGCCCGGGAACAUCCACAGUUGUCCUCGAGCGCCACGGCGCUGUCGGCACAGAAACGUCCUCACGCAACAGCGAAGUUAUCCACGCCGGUCUCUACUAUGGCGCCGGUACCCUCAAGACGGAGCUCUGUAUCCGCGGCAAGGAGCUCCUCUACGCCUUCUGCCGCGAGCGUGGCGUCGCACACGCCAACACCGGCAAGUGGAUCGUCGCGCAAACGCCCGCGCAGCGCGAGGCUCUGCAGCGCGUGCAUGACUUUUGCAGAAACGAGAUCAACGUGCCCAUUCGAUGGGUCGGCGAGGAAGAGGCGCGCCGCCUGGAGCCGGGUGUGCGCGGCGAAGCCGGCAUUCUCGACAGCCCAACGACGGGUAUUGUCGAUUCGCACGGCUUGAUGGUCGGCCUGAUGGGUCUGUUUGAGGAUGCUGGCGGCGAAGUUGUGUUGACCUCGGCCGUGACGGGUGUGACGCCGCUGGGUGAGAAGGGCAGUCAGGGGUGGGAGGUGCGUGUUCGGGACUCGACCACGGGGGAGGAAAGCUUAGUGACGGCCGAAGUGCUGGUGAACGCGGCAGGUCUCGGAUCCGUCGACCUUCACAACAUGAUUGUGCCUCUCGAGAGAAGGCGGGCUUUGUUCUAUGCCAAGGGAAAUUACUUCUCGUACUCCAGCUCGAAGCCAAAGGUCGGCAGGCUAAUCUAUCCGGCGCCCGAGCCGGGUGCCGGUGGUUUGGGCACGCAUUUGACACUGGAUCUCGCUGGGAGGGUGCGCUUUGGACCCGAUGUGGAAUGGGUAGACUCACCCAAUGAACUGGCGGUCAACGUUUCACGGUUGCCCCUGGCCAUUAAAGCCAUCAAGAAGUACCUGCCGGAACUCGACGAAAGUUGUCUCGAGCCAGACUACGCCGGCAUUCGACCCAAGCUAGGACAGUUGGGCGCUGUUGCACAAGGCACAGGUUUCCACGACUUCGUCGUAAGAAAGGAAGAAGGAUAUGAAGGCUGGGUGAACCUGCUCGGCAUAGAAUCUCCCGGCUUAACAAGUUGCUUGGCCAUCGCGGAGCGGGUGGAUAAGAUUCUGUACGAAUAA